AUGGAUGAUACUCAGUAUACUUGGAAUAAUCACAUUAAUAGUUGCAUUGACAGUUAUCUUCAGUCCCAAAUCUGUAUUGAUAAUUACAUUGUAAGUGGUAAUGACAAUUCCAGUAACAAUAAUUCCAGUAACGAUAAUUCCAGUAACGAUUACAUUUCUAGUUCCAUUUCUAGUAAAAGUGAAAAUAGUAGUCAAAACGAGGAUAUGACAACGAGUGAUCAAACUAUACCAGAAAGUUCUACUCAUAUGGGUGUAACUCAACAAUACCGGCAUUUGUGGGUUCAAUGCGAAAAUUGUUAUGGAUUAAAUUAUAAGAAAUUUUUUAAAUCAAAGAUGCAUCUUUGUGAACAAUGUGGAUAUCAUUUGAAAAUGAGUAGUUCAGAUAGAAUCGAACUUUUGAUCGAUCCGGGCACUUGGGAGCCUAUGGAUGAAGACAUGGUCUCUCUGGAUCCCAUUGAAUUUCAUGCGGAGGAGGAGCCUUAUAAAAAUCGUAUCGAUUCUUAUCAAAGAAAUACAGGAUUAACCGAGGCUGUUCAAACAGGCAGAGGGCAACUAAACGGUAUUACCGUAGCAAUUGGGGUUAUGGAUUUUCAGUUUAUGGGAGGUAGUAUGGGAUCCAUAGUCGGGGAGAAAAUUACCUGUUUGAUUGAAUACGCUACUAAAGAAUUUCUACCUCUUAUUAUAGUGUGUGCUUCCGGAGGGGCACGCAUGCAAAAAGGAAGUUUGAGCUUGAUGCAAAUGGCUAAAAUAUCUUCUGCUUUAUAUGAUUAUCAAUCAAAUAAAAAGUUAUUCUAUGUACCAAUUCUUACAUCUCCUACUACCGGUGGGGUGACAGCUAGUUUUGGUAUGUUGGGGGAUAUCAUUAUUGCCGAACCCAAUGCCUACAUUGCCUUUGCGGGUAGUGGUUAUGAUCGAUUUGAUAGAAAAGACGGAAUAGUGUGUAUCUUUCGUUGGGGAUUUCCUGGAAAAAAUCGUCGGGUCUUCCUCCAAUUUCUUAUAAAAGAUAUCCAGUCUGUCAGAAUAGAAGUGAAAGAAGGUAUUUAUGCUCGUCGUGUCCUUUAUAUGGAUAUCAGAGGCCAGGGAGCCAUUCCAUUGACUCGUACUGAUGAGAAUUUUACUCCACGGGAAAUGGAACAAAAAGCUGCUGAAUUGGCCUAUUUCUUGCGUGUACCAAUUGAAAAGGGCUAUGAAAAUCCACGAGAAGCGACUGGACGUAUUGUAUGCGCCAAUUUCCAUUUAGCUAAUAAACCAGUGGAUAUUGAGGUUCCGCAAACGGUACUUCCCGAUACUGUAUUUGAAGCAGUUGUUCGAAUUCCUUAUGAUAUGCAACUGAAACAAGUUCUUGCUAAUGGUAAAAAAGGGGCUUUAAAUGUGGGGGCUGUUCUUAUUUUACCAGAGGGUUUUGAAUUAGCCCCUCCCGAUCGUAUUUCCCCCGAGAUAAAAGAAAAGAUGGGCAAUCUGUCUUUUCAGAGCUAUCGCCCAAAUCAAAAAAAUAUUCUUGUCAUAGGCCCUGUUCCUGGUCAGAAAUAUAGUGAAAUCACGUUUCCUAUUCUUUCCCCGGACCCCGCUACUAAGAAAGACAUUCACUUCUUAAAAUAUCCUAUAUACGUAGGCGGAAACAGGGGAAGGGGCCAGAUUUAUCCUGACGGGAGCAAGAGUAACAAUACAGUUUAUAAUGCUACAGCAUCCGAUAUAGUAAGCAAAAUCCUACCAAAAGAAAAGGGGGGAUACGAAAUAACCAUAGCGGAUGCAUCGGAUGGACGUCAAGUGGUUGAUAUUAUCCCUCUGGGGCCAGAACUUCUUGUUUCAGAAGGCGAAUCUAUCAAAUUUGAGCAACCGUUGACAAGUAAUCCUAAUGUGGGCGGAUUUGGUCACGGAGAUGCAGAAAUAGUACUUCAAGAUCCAUUACGUGUACAAGGCCUUUUGUUCUUCUUAGCAUCUGUUAUUUUGGCACAAAUAUUUUUGGUUCUUAAAAAGAAACAGUUCGAGAAGGUUCAAUUGUCCGAAAUGAAUUUCUAG